AUGGUGAUUGGUUUACGAGAUAAUAAUGGGAUUGUUAAUAGACUUGAACCACUACGUAUUUCAAAAAUCGAACAAACAACACGUACAUGGACUCGGCAAUCAUUCGUCAAUUUCUUUUUACAUUUUACUCAAUUUCUUAAAAAACAUGUUACAGAUGAAUAUUCACUUGAUCAUAAAGAUGCGGUCCUAUUUUAUUUUUCACCAUCUUCUAAAACAAUUACGAUGACAAAAUCAUCUGAUCCAAAAUACCAAUUUUUGCCCGAUUGGUUUUUUAACGGAUUUCUUUAG